ACAGAAAGGAAUGUGUGGGAAAAAAGAUGGCCGGAAAAGUUGUAUAAAAUUUGAAAAGCGCGGGAGUUGGUGUUGUUGAAAGAAAUUAUCAGUGACACUGAGAUAUGAAUAUGAAUAUGAAUGCGGCCGAAUCUCAACCACUCUGUCUACAUGUAAGAAUGGCUAUUGUAUUCAUCAAUAUUCUUCCCCCAAAUUCCAUAUAUCCUUUGCGUUUCUUUGAUUCUCAUCCUCUAAUGAAUUUACCAACAUUAUUGCAGCUAAUAUCCUCCGCAUUUCAACGAUGCCGAGCAUCCGAACACCUUUGCAGAUUAUCCAUCACUCUCAGGCUCUCCAAUCCCUCCAACGUUCAAAUCUCAAUCUCGGACACGGGUAUCGGAAGUUGUUUAGACGAGUUUCUCGAUUUGAAGCUCUGUUUGGAAGAUUUUGGCUCUGAAUAUUGGGAUGGAGUGCUUUCCGUUACCACCACAAGUAUUUCUGAUGAUGAGAUACACAAUUACCGGUUGAGUACGAAAGAAUGUGUUUCUGAAAGAAGGUUGACAAGGCUACCUUCAAAACCGAAGAAUGGUGGGAAAUUCAGCGGGACUGAAGUAUGCUUGUUAGUUUCCAAAAAUCCGGAUGUCUUGGUGGGAGAGAUCAAGUGCUUCUUACAAAAGAUGCUCAUUUUGAAGAUUCCGAGUGUUGCAAUUGAGCUGGUGGUUGAACGUGAAGAUACUCCUGGAUCAAAGGACGAAUAUAUUUUUUUAGCAAAUGAGUGCAAUCCCUUGCCUUUCUCAGCUUCAAAUCUUGAACGUUUAAAAUCAGGUCUUGAAGAAUAUGUAUUGAAGCAUGGAAAUAUAUUAAAUACACAGUGCCGCUCAUGCUUCCCAAGUUCGGGGACUCUCAAGGUUGGUAGUGGAAUAUCAAGUCAAACAAAAAGUCGUAGAAGUACGGGAUUGGUGAUGGAAGCAGUGAUUAUAAUAAGUGAGAUAAUAGACCAGACCAGUACUUGCUUCAGACCAUGCAGUGCUAGAACAGAGGUUUUAUACUUCAAAGAUUACUCAUCUUGUACGAUCUCUCAAUCAUCUCUGAAGGCACUGCGAAGCAUUGACUGGAGAAGUUAUGGGUUGAUAUUGGGGAGUGUUGAGAAUCGAGGUAGCAGUGUAUUAUUGGAGUGGGAAAACUUGCCAGCAUAUGCUCAUAUAGAUAUCGUUCUCCAUCUAUACAAUGAGCAAUAUCCUACAUCAUGUCAUACUAUUAUAGUCAUGGUGCCAUCAACAAGGCCAAAGAUUCAACUAGACAGUAAUCUUACUAAAAAGGCACUUAAACUUGCACUGGAUGAUUUGAGGGACAAACAUGCCGGGGUACUCUUAAGUGCUCAUGCUCUCAAGAUUCGCAGUUAUGCUCCUGAUCUUGCAAAAACAAUUGCCGGCCUAAUCUUGUCCUCCGAAGACACAGAUUUCCAAACAGAAUGCUUUUCUCUUCUUGGUUUGGAGUCUCAAGGUGUUGGAGGUGAAACCGUUGAAGCUUGCAUAAAUGAAAAGAUUAUUUCAGUCAUUGAAACGAAUGACAAAAAACCACAGAGAAGCAAAGAUGUAGCUCCGUUUCUUUUUGAAGAUGAUGGUGGCUUUCUGGAAUCAGGGCUGGAAUACGAUGAAUAUGAAGACGACAUCAUAUUAACUGGCAGUGAUCCCACUCAACUUGAUCGCUUUGUUACUACUCUCCAUCGAGAAUUUUCCAUUCGAGACCUUGGUCCUCUACACUACUUCCUCGGCAUAGAAGUAACAUGCACCUCGGGUCAAUUGCAUCUAUCCCAGCAGAAGUAUAUCAAUGAUAUCCUUUCUACUACCAACAUGCUCGACUCCAAACCAGCCCCUACACCUGGUAAGGUUGGUAAACCCUUGUCUCAACAUGAUGGUAUGCUCCUUGAAGAUCCAACUGAAUAUAGGCGGAUAGUUGGCUCAUUACAGUAUGUUACAAUGAAGCGUCCCAAUAUUGCCUUUGCUGUGAAUUGUGCCUGCCAAUUCAUGCAUUCACCAACAUCAUCUCAUCUGCUUGCUGUUAAGCGUAUACUUCGGUAUCUCAGAGGAACUUCAUCUCAUGGCAUCACACUUCAAGCAGCUGAUACAUUUCACCUCUCGGCAUUCACUGAUGCAGAUUGGGCUUCCAGUCUUGAUGACAGGCGCAGCAUGGGCGGCUACUGUGUUUUUCUUGGUGAAAGCCUUGUAUCGUGGUCGUCUGCAAAGCAGAAAGUAGUCUCUCGCAGCAGCACUGAAUCUGAGUUCCAAGCACUUGCCAACGUUGCUGCUGAACUCUCUUGGUAUCAUCGCUUAUUUGCUGAUCGACGCUUGAUACUCUCCUCCUCACCAAUCAUGUGAAAACAUGUCAGCUGCUCAUCUUGCCUCAAAUCCCAUUUUUCAUGCUCGGACGAAGCAUGUAGAAAUUGACUUUCAUUUCAUUAGAGACAUGGUUCAGCGCAAAGAUGUCUCUGUGCAGCAUGUGUCCUCUGAGCACCAAGUCGCUGAUAUACUAACCAAGUAUCUACUGCAAUUAUGUGCCAAAUUGACUGUCCUUCCCAGGCCAAUCAAUUUGAGGGGGCUGUUAACUGACUAUUACUGUUGCUGUUAGUUCCAUUUUCAGUUGUAUUAUUUCAGUUGGUUUUGGUUUUUGUCAGCUUAAGAGAGUUUGGUAUUAUGUUGUAACAGAUUUUUUUUUUUACUGCAACUCUUACUAUAUAAUGCACAUCUUCAACUCAUUUGAU